GUAGGAGUCGCGCUGCAUCUUGGGUACAUAACUACACGGUGAUGCGGUGAGCCUGUUGUGCGGACGGUUAAAUCCAAAGUAAAGUAAACCGGGGGAGGGUCGUGUGCGAACAGCUUGGGGGGGGGCUUCGCUCGGCGUGUUACAAUGCGUCUUUCACGGUGUUGAACAGUCUCGGGAGCGGUGGACGAUGCGCCAACUUCGCCGGUCGCCUCGAAGCGGAGUGAGCCACUCUUGAGCCCCGAGGAAAACGAGUCCUUCUUGGAGGAGAGAGGGGGAGGGCGAGAGCCGAGAAUGCCGGAGCCGAGCGCCCUGCUCCCUGUUGUCGGCUUGACUGGGAAAUGGUAGCGUACUGCGGGACCCGCACUUGGAAGGAACAUGGUCGAGAGGAGCAGCAAAUUCUUGUUGAUCGUCGUCGGAUCCGUGUGUUUCAUGCUGAUUCUCUAUCAGUACGUCGCUCCCGGGGUGAUCAAUUUCGGCUCCCCGCACGGGUAUUUCACGGAGGAAGACGAGGGGGACAUCUUCCCGACUCCGGACCCCCACUACGUUAAGAAAUACUACUUCCCCGUGAGGGACCUGGAGAGGACGAUCGAUUUCCAAAUCAAGGGGGAGGACGUGAUCGUGUUUUUGCACAUCCAGAAGACAGGGGGGACUACCUUCGGGAGGCACCUGGUCCAGAAUGUCCGCCUGGAGGUCCCCUGCGACUGCAGACCGGGCCAGAAGAAGUGUACCUGCUACCGGCCGAACCGCAAGGAGACCUGGCUCUUCUCCCGGUUCUCCACCGGCUGGAGCUGUGGCUUGCACGCCGACUGGACCGAGCUCACCAACUGUGUGCCGGGGGUCCUCAACAAGAAGGAGAACAAACAGAAGAACCAGAGGAAGUUCUACUACAUCACUCUGCUGAGGGACCCCGUGUCUCGAUACCUCAGCGAGUGGCGGCACGUGCAGCGGGGAGCAACGUGGAAAACCUCCCUGCACAUGUGCGAUGGACGGACCCCGACGCCCGAGGAGCUGCCCUCCUGCUACGAGGGCUCCGACUGGUCGGGGUGCACCCUGCAGCAGUUCAUGGACUGUCCCUACAACCUGGCCAAUAAUAGACAGGUGCGUAUGUUGGCAGACCUGAGCCUCGUCGGCUGCUACAACAUGUCCACGGUCCCAGAGAAGAAGAGGGCGCAGCUCCUCCUGGAGUCAGCCAAGAAGAACCUACGAGACAUGGCUUUCUUCGGUCUGACCGAGUACCAGAGGAAAACCCAGUUCCUGUUUGAACGAACCUUCAGGUUGCGCUUCAUCAGGCCGUUCAUGCAGUACAACAGCACCCGCGCUGCAGGGGUGGACCUGGACAACGCUACGGUCCAGCGUAUAGAGGAGCUGAACGAGCUCGACAUGGAGCUCUACGACUACGCCAGAGACCUGUUCCAGCAGCGCUACCAGUACACCCGGCAGCAGGAGAGACGGCAGCAGCGCAUCAAGAACCACCUGCAGCAGACCCACCAGGGCCUGGGCCUGGGCGUCAACCUGUGGCCCUCCCACAGCCGGCAGAGCUCGGUGUCGACACUGGAGGACGGGGAAGUGGAGAGGGAGGAGCGGGAGGAGGGCGAGGAGGGAGGCAGAACGGAGGAGGCGGGCAGCAGGCUCCCCACCGAGGACUACAUGAACCAGAUUAUCAACCGCUGGUAGCAGCAGAAUGAGAACAAACACACAGACAUGCAUAUGUAAUGUGAAAUACACACACACACACACACAAACACACACACAUGCAUACACACACACACAAACACACACACAUGCAUACACAGAGCGUGGCGCCUGCAUCAAAGACCCAGAUGACUGACAAACAGACUUUAGCAGAGAGUUAUGGAGCUAUGGAGAGCUGGGCUUGGUCGAUUGCAUCAGCUCGUGUUAUUUGCGCCUCGCCCAGUUGUUAUUAGCUCCCGCUUGCCCUUUCCCCCCCUCUGAGUUUCUCUGUCUCUCCCGUUAUCAUUACUGACUGAGCAGACGAGAGAUAUUUUUAAGAGUUGCUGACAACCGAGUGUCUCAUCCAUCUCUCCCUCCUCCUCCUCCUCCUCCUCCUCCUGUGUUCCUUUCGUUCUCUGUGGCCUAAUAUGGAGCAUGAGAAAAUAAAAAUUUUAAGUCUGCCACAAAUUUUUAGAGUAUGCUAAUGGCUGAGCUCAACACAGAAAAAUGGUGGGAGCACAUGAGAGACUGAACUCGGAUGAAAGAAGAGUGGGACUGAGUUGUGUAAUAAAGCUUUCUGCUUAAAAAAAGAGAAAAAAAUCAGCCAUUUCGCCCAUGAACACGCUUUGGUCAUGAAAUAGUGACAGUCUCAUUCUCAUUUUAGGAUGAUUUCAUUUGUAUUUUUCUUUGUGUUUAUGCUUUUUUUAAAGCAGAAUUGUAAUAACACUGAGACCAAUAUUGCUGCCUAAAGAAAAGUGAUUCCUUUAUUUCUUUAUUUUUAUUGGUUUUAUAUAAGUCAAAGCUAACAAAUCGGAUGGACAAACAAUGGACCAUAGCCAUUACUAAAGCCUUGUAUCUUGUUGUGAAGGGGAGUGGCCUGUGUCUCUGAAGAAGGUUCCCAAAGCUCCUGUCGCUUAACGACUUCAUUAUUUCUCCUUUUCUCUGUCUUUUUGGGGUUUUUUCUUUUUUGUUUUUUUAAUGCGUCUCAGUCCUGCAGAGAAUAACAGCCAAUUACAGAGCUGAAUCUCACAUAGGUGUGAAGAAAAUCAAAGGCAGGGAGAGGAGUGAGUCUGCUGCAGGUUGUUGCCAGGAACCGUGCCGUGUGAGCGGCAAGCGCUUUGGAAGCCUUAACUCAGACGAAUGCUCGAGACAGUUGAGUUGUGGAACUACUGGUCACCAUGGCAAUGUGAGCCCUUAAUGUAGUGGGUGGCAUUUUUUUUAAGUUUUGUCUUUUUUUUUGGUCGUGUUUUGUUUUUCAUCUGACCAAGAGCUGAGUUGUAAAAGCGCCGGUCACAAGCAAGCCUCCUUCCCGCCUGCUGAAAGGGCACGCACGGCGCCGGUGACCCGUAGUUCAUUAGUGCGACCAGUGUUUACCCUGAAGAACGCACGGGGUGAGGUAGCAGUGCCUCUAUGUACUGGGAUCAUUAGUUGACAUAAUUAUUGCCAGAUAUUACGUCUGCAUUAUACUUCAGUAAUUUGACUGACUACUCGUGUGUCUGCGUUGGAUGAGUGCGUUUCUGUGUGUGUAAAUAGUAUGUACAGUAUGCCUUUGAUUGGCGUAUGUGUAUGCCUUUGUAAAUAGUGUGCCUGACUGAGAGAGGAUGAGUUUUGUGAGUGACUGGUUCCAUGACCAAUUUUUCUUGCCAUGUUUUGGUGGUGGAGGGCGACGCAAACGAAGUCCCUCCAGCAACAUGUCACAGCGGCGUGACGGUCGCAGCGAUGCAAGCCAAUAAAACUCCCCUCUGCCCUUUUUCCUUUACAGCCUCAUGUCCCCCCUGUCCUUGUCUCCUCCCCAUGACGUGGUUAUACGAGGACUGUAUGGCUAUGAUUAUAUAAAAAUCCUAAUUUAUAGGUCCAGAAAUCUGCCUGUGUGACGCCUCUUUGCUCUGUACAGCAAAAUUUACAAGUAGGGUUGGUUAACUUUAAUCCCCCCAUCAUAUAUAUUCCCAAGGAGGCCAUUUCCUCGGGGACUAAGCUGGUAACGUUAGCCAGGAAAUGCUUAAAUGCCAGUGUUACAAUCAGAUAUUGUUGUUGUUUUGCCUUGAUAUGGUAGAACAAAUGAUUGACUAUUUGCAACCUGGAACACAGCAGCAUAAUAGCAUAACAAAUUCAUAAAAUGCUAUUGAACCGCAACCCUGUCCACAUCCAAAUAAUCUGAAGAUCUGAGGAAAAAGAGGGGAAACCAGUAAGACCUUGGGGCACAGAAUGUAAAAAGCGUGAAGGGAAAAAAGACACGUCACAUCACGUUUUAAUCAAACUGAAUGUAGUUAUGAAAGUUUGGUGUCAACCGGAGGCGAAGGGGAGGAUGCAAGCAAGCUUCCUUUUGUACUGAGCUAAAUAAUAAGUUGUAUCCGGUUGUUAACAGAAGAGUUAUUUUAAAGUCAGAAGAGCAAAAGUAGAAAUCAACUUUUUAUCCGCCCACCCUCUCCCUGUCAAGGUUCAACUAAUCAGCCUGGAUCCUCUCCUUUUUGAUCAGUGUCAAUGAUGAAAGGUAUUUGGAUACAUCCAGAGUCAAUGUGCUGCUUUUUGUGUAGCCUUCAAAGUAACAAAAAAUGGACAUGGGAAAAGAGGUGUCCCUUUUUUUGUGUGCGUGUGUUUCCUAUUAACUUCCCCUUCAUUGUACUCCUGAAACUGGAGACCUGAAAACACUGCAGCUCCAGGCGUUUUGCCCACAACCCCCUUAUUCAAAGUCAGACCGCUCUUGGACUGAGCUCCAAACCCAUAUCUGGCUGUUCGUUUGUGGUUAAAUACAAAAUACAAAAAUUAUUAUUUUACCCUGAGAGUGUUUUUUUUUUUUUUUUUUUUUUUAAAUUUCAAGCAGUCCCUCAAAAUAAAAAUGCUCAUACCUGAACAGUGUGUGAAAGUAAAAACUCUAUCCUUUCACUGAAAUGAUUCCAGGAAUUGAUGCUGUAAAGCUGUACUCAAAUAUUUUAUGUCUCAUCACUAUGUAUAUCUGAUGUCUUAACUUUUCCUUUGUGACAAUGAAGCAACCCGGGUGUCGCUAACAUCAUCCUAUUUUAUUUUUUUAAAAAAGAUGUGUUAAAAAGAGUGUGAUAGAGACUUUUUUUUUGGAUCAGUGUGCAGUCUGUCUCUGGCUCCUUCUGUAUGCAUCAUUCUGGGUUUGUUUCUUAUGAUUGCAAAAAUGACUCAUCAAGCCACCAAUUAAAAUAUUUCAUUUUUACAGACCUGA